AUGUUUCAUUUAAUUAGAAUCACAUUAGCAAAACAACAAGGGCAAAACCGCUUCAUACUUUUCCAUCAUAUUCAUUCCUACGCACCUGAGGUUUUCUCGCAGAAUACAGUGGAAAAUGAACCCGAUAUUUCUCCCGACUUACCUGCAAAUUAUAAAUCCGAACUCAGCAAUAAUGAAGUCAACAACCAAUCGGAAACAUACCCUCCUGGAUAUAUACCCCGAGAAGAGCGGGAAAAACGUCUCAGGCGAUGGGCUAUAGAUCAUAAUGAGGAUCCCGAUAAGUUCGUGACCAUUACAGAUAAAGACAAAACUGAUUCAAUAGACUAUCUCACAAGGAUAGAUGUUGACGCAAAUACCUGUCUCUUUAAUAUAGAACAAGGUAACGAUCCCCACGAUUUUAUGGAAAUGACGCAUCGGGAAAGAUUGAUAGGAGAAGAAAUCUUACGCCGUAGACUUGAAGAUGCAGGCGAAUCCAUAUGGCUUGACACUGAUGAAGAAUGGAUAAAAAAUAAAACCAUACUCCAGGAAAAUGGAUUGCUAUGGUAA